UGCUGGGGGAUGGGUCGGGCAGUGUGAAAUUAUUACGGCUUGUGUUUUAAUCGUACUUAUUUUCAUUAGGUAAGCACGGUGUUAGUUUUGACUCAGUGCCAUCACAGAAACGCAGAAAGCCAAACACUCCGUUAUUUUAUCCUGUUAGCAAGCGUGUCGCAAAGGUUGUCGCGUUGGCUAAAGUUAGUUGUGUUAGCGGCGGGUAUCUGGUGGAGUAUUUACCGGAUUCAGCCACAUACGGUCCGAACCAUGCGCAGUGUGCAUCUCCUCCUGAUACCCGCACUGCUGCUCUUCCUGGCCUUUCCUGUCUCCAGGGGGCGUUACAACGAUGACUUUGAUGAUGGUGAGGACCUAGCAGACUUCGAUGACAAUGACUUUGCUGAGUUUGAAGACGUGAAUGAUGAUCCAGCAGGUGAGGCAGAAACUGCCCUUCCACAUCGUGUCUCGCUGUCGUCGCAGCCUGAAGAGGAUGAAGAUGAAGAUGAAGCCACUGUGGAGCUCGAGGAUGGUCAGGAUGGCUUUGAGGACUCCGAGACACAGGAUCAAGACAUAUACAGCAGAUAUGACCAGGAGGAGUUUGAGGGAAUUGGAGACAUGGAAAAGACAAGCCACUCAAUGAAGGACCCCCUCAUAAUCCACACGGUUCCUCCACAUCUGCAGAACAGCUGGGAGAGUUACUACAUGGAGAUCCUGAUGGUGACUGGCCUGUUGGCCUACAUCAUGAACUAUAUCAUUGGCAAGAACAAGAACAGCCGCCUCGCGCAGGCCUGGUUCAACUCACACAGAGAACUUCUGGAGAGCAACUUUGCACUAGUGGGCGACGAUGGCACCAGUAAAGAAGCAGUGAGCACCGGGAAGCUGAAUCAGGAAAAUGAACACAUCUACAACCUGUGGUGCUCUGGGCGUGUGUGCUGUGAAGGCAUGCUGAUCCAACUCAAGUUUCUUAAGAGGCAGGACCUGCUUAACGUUCUGGCCAGGAUGAUGAGGCCUGCCUGUGACCAAGUGCAAAUCAAAGUGACUCUUAAUGACGAGGACAUGGACACUUUUGUGUUUGCUGUGGGCACCAAGAAGGCCAUGGCCAGACUUCAGAAGGAGAUGCAGGACUUGAGUGAGUUCUGCGGUGACAAGCCUAAGUCCGGGGCCAAGUAUGGGCUCCCAGACUCCCUGGCUAUUCUUAGUGAGAUGGGCGAGGUCACAGAUGGGGUGAUGGACAACAAGAUGGUACAUUAUAUCACCAACCACGCCGACAAGAUUGAGUCCAUCCAUUUCUCGGACCAAUUUUCUGGUCCAAAAGUUAUGCAAGAGGAGGGUCAGCCCUUAAAGCUGCCUGACACCAAGAAGACACUGCUGUUUACAUUUAAUGUGCCUGGAAUGGGCAACACCUCUCCCAAAGACAUGGACAGUCUGCUUCCUCUCAUGAACAUGGUGAUCUACAGCAUUGAUAAAGUCAAGAAACUCCGUCUCAACAGAGAGGGCAAACAGAAAGCUGACAGAAACCGGGCCAGGGUGGAGGAGAACUUCCUGAAGCAGACUCACGCUCAGCGACAGGAGGCAGCGCAGACUCGCCGGGAGGAGAAGAAGAGAGCCGAGAAGGAGAGGAUCAUGAAUGAGGAGGACCCAGAGAGACAACGUCGUCUUGAGGAAGCAGCUCAGCGACGUGAGCAGAAGAAGAUUGAGAAGAAGCAGAUGAAGAUGAAGCAGAUCAAAGUGAAAGCCAUGUGAAACACUACCAUAGGGAUACAGGCACACAUGAAAGCAGUGCUCAGAUCAGUUUUCUCCAGCUUCUCCCACCACAGCUCUGGCUCACAGUCACUCCAGCUCCAGACAGACAUCCUGUGCCUCUGGGUGUGUCACGCUUAGCUGUUUGUUUCACCACCUGCUCCAUUUGGUGUGGCUAAACCUUAAUGACUGUGAGUGGAAGUGUGUGUGUCAAAUGAGAGGGACAUUUUCACCAUCAAAUCUGUCGCCACAAUUCACACUAGGAUUUUUUUUUUUUCUUUUUUCUCUAAAACUGUCUUCUCAAAAUCAAUCAAAGCUCUGUUUGAAAGCUGUGUAGCUCGGUGAACUUUUUAAACUUAAUUUGCUGGGAAGGAACACACUAUUUGGUGGUAUCAAGCCACAUUUUAAAAGAAAUGAAAGCAUUGCUGUUUCAUUGGAAAUGUAUUAACAUUAAUAUAAUCUUAAAUGAUACUAUCGGGGAAAUUUUAUUUUAUAUCUGCGAUGAGUUUGGUUCCUUGCAGGCUGUUUAUAAUGCAUAUCUGAGCAAACAUAAUAAAAUGCACUGGAGUCUGUUGGAAAA